AUGGCUGAACAACAACAACAGGCUCAACUCCAAGUCACUGCUCCAAACAAAUCCAUUUUGAACGACAAGUGGGAUGUCGUUUUGUCAAAUUUACUUGUUAAAAGCGGCCUAGGUUUUGGUGUUGGUGUUGUUGCAUCUGUUUUGAUAUUUAAACGUCGUGCAUUUCCUGUCUGGUUAGGUAUUGGAUUUGGUCUUGGUAGAGGUUACGCUGAAGGUGAUGCUAUUUUCCGUUCCGCCGCAGGCCUAAGAACCUCCAAAGCAUAA